AUGGGCACAGUUGUGCUUCCGCCGUUUGUGGCUGCCGCCAUCGUUGAGCACGCCAAGCGCCGCCGCAGCUCCGCUGGGUACCUUGUAGGGAGCCGCAGCGGCAACCAGAUCAGCAUCACGGACUACAUCCCCUGCACCCACGAGUCCACAGACGAUGUACGCACGCGGACGUACCUGGAGGAGCUCAAGGAGCGCGUCUCGCUUAAGAAAAGCUACACGCCCAGCAUCACGCUGGUCGGCUGGUAUGCGGCGGCCACGCCGGAACCGGAGAAUGAGCGAGAGUUCGAGUUGUGGUGUCAGGCACCAGGCGCACGAUUCACUAAGAAUCAGGCUGUCAUGCUGGUUGUACGCAUGCCGAGUGCAACCGACAUCAGUAUUCGCUGGGAAGCGUACAUCACAAACAAUCUUAGGAAGGGGGACACUGCUCAGUGUGAGCGGAGGCAGCAGCUAGCCGUCUCCAUGGAGGCGGAAACGCCGUCCAUGAACGUGAUGUUGUCGGAAAUUAUUUCCAAGACGCUCUGCGGCGGCGGCGUGCCAUACCCGACGGACCGAAUUACGAACCUCGACCACGUUGCGGCGGAUGCGGCCGCCAGAGAGGGGGAACUAGGCAGAAAAGACGGCAAUCGAAAGGACGCUGAGGCGCGACAGGUGGAGUCGGCCCUGCUUAAGGUGCAGGAGAAACUCAAUCAGGCCAUUUCCCACGCCCGCGCCAUCCUUGCCUCGGGUCACAAGCCCAGCAGUGAGAGCGCCGCCAUUGUGGAGAACUACGAAACAAUUCUGGCGGAGAAGAAGGAGCAGAGUAGUCGCGAUAACUUCAUCACGGAAAGCUAUAAGGAUGCGCUGAUGAUAAAAUACACCGCAGCCCUGCUUCGCCGUCAUUUGACGGAGAUUGAGCGCCAUGGGCGUCAGGACAUGAAGGAUAAGACGCACCACGGCCAGGGCGGUGUGGCCAGUCCACAUGGCCCACGCAAACUUGGUGCUGCAUUUCGCUAA